AAAGAAGCAAAAAAUAUGAUAUAUUAGAUUCUAGACUAGGAAAGACAAUGAGGAAAACUCUGAUCUACUUUCCAAGCAUUUCAAAAUUAUCCAAUAUUAUAUUCAUAAAGUUAGAUCCUUUUUUUCCAAUCCUCUUUUUUGAAAUCCAAUGACUUGUUCCAUUUCUCCCUCUUUUCUCCAGCUAUUAUUGUCUUAGCUUCCUACACUUACCAUUAUAUAAACUCAUCUUCACAUAAUUGUACGACUCAAGUAUCAUCAAAAUCUAUUACCUAAAACAACAAGUUUGCACAAACUCCUACACUAAACAACAUCAAACAACAAAAAACACUAUUAUCCACUACAACUAACAUGGGAAGAGCUCCUUGUUGUGACAAGGCCAAUGUAAAGAAAGGUCCUUGGUCACCUGAGGAAGAUGCAAAGCUCAAGUCUUAUAUUGAGGCAAAGGGGACUGGAGGUAAUUGGAUCGCGCUACCGCAGAAAAUAGGCCUUAAGAGAUGUGGUAAGAGUUGUCGUCUUCGUUGGUUGAAUUACCUCCGACCAAAUAUUAAGCAUGGAGGGUUCACUGAAGAGGAAGAAAACAUCAUCUGCAGCCUGUAUGUCAGUAUUGGGAGCAGAUGGUCUAUCAUUGCUGCACAAUUACCUGGAAGGACAGACAAUGAUAUCAAGAACUACUGGAACACAAGGCUGAAGAAGAAGCUGAUGGUUAAGCAAAGGAAAGAGCAGGCAGUUUCUCGUCUUCUCGAGCAGGAGAUAAAGAGGGAGAGGGAGAGUGAAACUUAUCUGGUUAAUCAGACUAUGAAUCAACUGCCUUACUGGUCAGAACAUCAAACAUUAUCAAUCCCCAUGAUACAUCCAAAUCAUGAUGUUCAUCAUCUCGGAAAUCAAGAACAAUACACAAGAUUAAUGAUGAAAAUUGAGGGACAACUCUAUGAUGAUGCUCAACUCAACAAUUUCCAGUAUCCCACACAAGACCAGCUUUAUGUUGUGGACAAGUCUGAAGUUCAAGCAUUAGCCAUGAAUUCGACAGCGAACAUGAAUUUUACACAAUGGUUAAACACAGAUCAAUAUGAUGUUCCUGGUAUGAGAAUGCAUAAUCAAGGACAGGAAAAUUUUGCUGGGGAACUUGAAGUAUACUUCAGUAACCAGCAAAGUAUUGAUGGAAAUGAGAGCUACUCAGGUGGUAUUGAUGUAGGCAAUAGUAGCACUACUAGCAAUUCUGCAGGAAGUAGCAGCUGGGGAGACAUAAACUCUAUAGUUAACACACCUGUAUCUAGUUUCGACGCUUAUCAGAAUGGAGUGCUCCAGGCUCUGUAGAGUCCGUUGUUUUUAGGAUAGCAAUAAUAUGAGUAAGCUUGGUUUGGUGUAAAUUAUUAAAUUUGUACCUGAGGAAUAUUUUGGUGCCUGAAUUUGGAUAAUGUCCGUGGCAAAAUUUAUUGAUAUAUCAUGUGGUUUUAUUUA